GCUAGGGGUCAGGAGGACUUAUGAGAGAGGGGGGUGAGUCAUUAUCCAUCUUUGGAGGCUGGGCCUCACAGGUUAGACAAGAGGGGAUCUCCAGCUAAGCUGAUCGGGCCCAUUCGAUAAGUCAGUCCUCUCUUUUGUUUUAUUAUUAUUAUUAUUUUUCUUCUGGUGCGUGCCAUUCUCCAAAUCCAAAUGAAUUGUCGCUCCGGCUAGGAGUUCUACCUUCUACUCUGUGUGAUUUACUGAUUGUUUCUUUCAUAUGAACUAUCUAUGUCCGGUAUUGAGACACGUGCGCAGCGGGAAGAGAGAGAAGGGAGAGAGAAGGUGUUCUGUUUGAGAGUGCGAGGAAGGGCAAGAGGAGUGUUCGUCCAAACGUGAGGAGAAAGCGGACCCCUCUUUAGAGAUCUACUAACACCCCUUCCUCCGGCAUGGCGGACAUCACAUCUGCCCAAUGGCAGGCCAUGCUGGACACAGCGGACGAGAACGAGAAACCGUUCUUCCAAAAGCUUUAUGACGAUGCCGUGCAGAGGGAGAGAGAGGCAGAGGCAGCAGCCAGAGCCACCCGCAUUGCUGAUCAGGUGGCCCUCCUUCAGGUCCCGGAAGCUAAUGCUGACCGGUUCCAAGAAAGGUUAGCUGCUGCCGUAGCAGCCUUGGUUCGAUUGCCGACCUUGGAAGACCUUGAGUCCCGUGUGACAGCACUGGAGCAGCGGAACCAAGAGCUGCAGGCUGAGAUACUCAACCUUAAACACGGUCCCGAAGUGGACAAGCGGGCGGCCACUUUGCCGUCCAAGUACGACGGGAAAGCGGAUAUCACCUCUUGGAUUAGUUCCAUGCGCUCAUACUUCGAGGUUAUGGGGACACCGCAGGAAGGCCGAAGCAUGAUCAUGGGCACUAAUACUGAGCCCGCCGUACGGAAUCACAUUGAGCUCCAAACUGUUACUGCAGGUUAUCAGAGAAUUGACCUGACUGAGUGGCUGGAAGUAACUCCUGUACGCACCCUAGAGGACCUUCUCAUCACACGGUACCAAGAUAAGCAUGCUGCGCUCAAGGCAAGGCUGAAGCUUGAGGCCCUCAAGGGCCAAACAUGGAGGUCCUCCAUGCAGGCUUUGGAACAACACUUGACUGGUUUGUUCACCACUCCAGACCUGAGAAUGACCGACAUGUCUUGCAUGGAUGUAGUCAUGGGAGUGGCCCCUAAAGAAUACCUCUCCCUGUUAGCACUCAAAGACCAUACCACCUGGCGAGAGCUCAUGACGGAUCUAGUCAACCUAGAGGCCAAGGACCUCGCCAGGCGUAAGAAGACGCCCCCUGCAGGUGGAAAACCACAAUGCAAGCGGCAUGGAAGCAGCAACCAGCUUGCCCGGCAUGAACAUCGGGAGGCUGAAGAUCAGUCCUACGCGGAUGAUUUGUCUCUAGAUGACGAUCUAGAGCCGGACUCCGAUAUGGGCUGUUCUACAUCAGCCAUUGGGUCUGACGUGAGCGAAGAUGAAAAACUUAAUGCUUUCAAAAGGACUGCUUCAACUAAGGGGCCUAACCGUGGUUCGGGUAGGGGAACUAUUGCACACCUCCCCAAGAAUGCGAAAAUCCCUGAGAAACCGGAGGACGCUUCUAGCAAGCCUUGGGAAGCCCUCCGUAUCAGUCAGAAAGAAUGGGAAAGAAGAUCCAGACUGCGUGUAUGCUUGCAUUGUCAAAAGUUUGGGCAUGCUGUGCAGGACUGUUACCGUCUGCAGGGAAACAGGCAGAGGGCGUAGAAGAGUCAUCAGCACUGUCUACAAUAAGGGAAGUUGAAGCGUCAGUUGCAGGCCCCUCCAAGGAGUCUGAAUCUGAUCAACAGCCUGCCCCUGAAGCCCGGAACGACAUUGAAUCCAAGGUUGCUACAGUUCAUGUGCUAUACAUUGAGCCUUGGGAGGAGUCUAAGGAAGUUGACUUCCACGCUCACCUGGAACAUUGGUUGCAGCUCAAGCAGCAACGCCGUGUUCAAGGGAGUGCGGAGCUAACCUUCUUUAAAUUGCUCAUUAACCGCCGAUACAUCCGUGUGCUGAUUGAUAGUGGUUCAACCACCAAUUUCUUUUCUCCUAACGGGAUUCGUAAGGCGGGUCUGGGAAUGAAACAAGUGGAAUUGC